AUGGCAUCAUCAACGAACGAACCGGAGGACCGAUUCAAUCUGGUCUGCACCUGUGAAGGCCUCUUCAAGAAAAGUGUCAUUCAAGACGCCCACUUGAAGCUCCGUAAGGCUCUUGUGGCAGCAGAGGAGGCCGAUAUCGACAAGCGCGAAUACCAUGAUUCGAUCUUGUUGUGGGUGGUCAGGAACCAUAAAGAUGUGAGGAUCCUUCGCCGUAUGGUGAGGGUCUACCUUGAAGAAUGCCCAGGCCUGAUUCUCGGCAAUGGCGCUGGCGGACGAGCCGAACGACAGUUUAAUACUCUUCUCUAUGCCACUAUUGACGACCACAACUUCGAAGCGGUGAAAACCCUGUGGUCCAUGGGCUUGCCGUGGAACAUCCAAAACGCCUGUUUUCAGAACGAGUUGAGCUUCGCGAUCAGGGUCGGGGCCGGGGAGAUUGGCAUAUGGCUUAUUGACAACGGAUACCCUGUGACAAACUUACACCUAGAUUAUGCUCGUGGGUGGCUAAAGAGUACCGCCCCAUUGAGACUGGCAAUUGAGGACAAGCUGGCAAGCCAGGCCAAUGACACCACCGGUUAG